AUCGCAUCGAAUUAUACCACGAACACAGAUAACCCAGUGCUUCCAUCUGCUACAGGCCACUUAGGCCUCGAUAGCAUUGUUUGUCGUGUCGAAGAUCGUCCCAUAGUUGCCUUUUCCUCCUUGAGCUUUUAGUCGGGGUCUGCACGCUCACUGUUGGCAGGCAGUCAUGCUGCCAGGACAGCCCCAGCAGCAGCAGUAUGCACCAAACAGUGGUGUAGCCUACACUUGCGGCGACUGCGGCCACGAGAACACACUGAAGCCAGGAGAUGUGAUCAGGUGCAGAGAAUGCGGCUACCGCAUCCUCUACAAGAAGAGGACUCGCCGCGUGGUGCAGUAUGAGGCACGAUGAGACUGUCAACGGAGGAGCCUCAGGCGCGUCCCCAAAGCAGGCAGUAUACAGCCACGUUUUCAUCCAACCAGAGAGGGCCGCCACAGCUUAAAAAAGCCGAGCAGCAGGGAGAUAUGCGCAUGGUGUCACGCCUCCCAUUUGGCUGAUGGGUCUGGCGAUUUUGCUGUUAAGAUUGUUGGCAGGAUAUAGCGUCGGUAUCUUGCAGACUUCGGCUGGCAGAUAAUCCAGCUGACGCCAAAAAAUGAGAUCUAUCAUCGACAGAAAUGUUCAAUCAAUGAAAGGAAAUGAGUCUGGCACACCUAUAGCCAGAGUGCAUAGUGCAUGUCUAAUCAUGACUUGAGAAAUGUAAUGAUGGCCAGUGCACUCCACGUGGCUAAUCUGAUAUAUAGCAUCUUCCAUGUCUAAGUUUGAUGCAUGACAUUAUCAGAUGCCAUAUGUGCGUUGUGCUCCCUAUUUUCAUGCCAUGCAUGCGUUGUAGGCAUCUAAAUACUGCUGUAAUCUGAAGGUGGACAUGAU